AUGUCCCGCCCAAGCCUCAGUAUUGGAAGUGACUCCCUGCGAAGUUGUCUAGCCCCUCGAGAUCAAUCGUCAGAUUCCGAAUCCGACCUCUGUUACGACACAGCCCUGCCGCCCAUCACUUCCAAGCAGUUGAUGCUCAACUCUCGCUCGUACCGCGGCUCCGAUCCGUCCAUCGUGGUAGGAAGCUUUCGUGGAAACCAAAAAGCCGCCGCCGCCCUCGGUUUCGCCCCGGACAUGUCGAGCAUGACUCGGGGGCCCAACGCCCAUCGCCGGACCGGGAGCACGUUGAAGACCGUCAUGAGGAAAAUAUUCACUCGCAAAACACGGGGCUCGGCGGACGGCUGUGAGGAGGGUUCUCCGGACUUUCGACUGAACAAUCCCCAAGAAUCGCGGCCAGAUAAGGACACCACGAAUUAUGCCGCCCUCUCGAGUUCACUGAAAUCGAAAUACAGCAACCCAGUCCGGGAUGAGCUCAAGGAUCCGAAGGCCUUUGAAGAUACAUUGUUAAAGCUCGAAAUGAGGCCACCCCGAACCCGCCGAGCCACGUUGCCCAGCUUAGUCUUCUCGGACGACGACGAGUCGCGCGAUGCCCUCGAUGCGUUGAUCCAGUCGGACCCCACGGGCAGUCGAUGUAAAAGCCCCUGCCUCGGCGACCAUGAUGAGCGACGGCGCGAGCUCCUGCGCAGCAAACGACGCUCACGGAGUGCAACCGCUCUGCGGGGCUUGGCCAAGAACCACCGGAUGUCUCCGAUUCAGUGGAGACGACGCAGUAUCGAGUCUUACGUCACGUCAACCGCGUGUGGCGCAGCUUCCGACACCGAUUUGAUGUCCAUCCGACCCCCGACACGGGGCACGGCAGUCAGUGCACCUCAGACGGCCGUGGAGCCGUCCGUGGAUGGCGUGGACCCUCUGCAUAACCCUGUGGACGAAGAGAGCAUACCCCCAAAUGUCGGCACGUUGGUCAGCGCCAUGCAGCACGACGAGAGUAUAUCAUUGGAGCAGCGAUUGACCACCUUGGAGGUGAAGCUGAUUGACCUGGAAUUUGCCAUCGCCCGCAUGCAGACCGAACGCAGUGAACCUUCUCCCACGGCGACGUCCGGGAGGAAGCAAUCACAGAAUUCUUCGACCGAGCACAAGCGCAAACAGUCUACGACUCAGCCCCCACCGUCCGGCAGUGAGACUACGCCCAGUGCAGGAUCCGCGGGAGAUCGGCCGCUGAGCACGGCUACCAUCCGCCCCAGCACACACCUUCAUCGUUCAAAAACGUUACAAAGCCCCUCCUUAAGCUCACUCAGUGACCAUAACGCCGGCAUCUCGGUAGAGCAGUACAGCGCUUUGGUCACGCUACUGCGGCGCGAACAAAACGCCCGCCGCAGCCUCGAACAUGAGGUCUCCGGCCUGCGCUCGGACAUCCAGCAGCUGCAACAGCUGGCCCAAAAUUCCAUGGGUCUCAAAACGAUGUACCCAAUCCGGAACGCUGACUCGCAGGAGUUCAUACGUCCGGACUCCAACACGAUGGGGUAUUCACAAACGAUCCCUGUCCGUACGGAACCGAAACUCGGCUCCCCCUAUGAGAGUGAUUCGGACUACGAUCGAUCCGACACACCAACGGAAGACACACUUCGGCAUCGAUGGCCGCCAAACCGGCGAGUGGAAAUCGGUAAUAUGAUCUGA